AUGACAGAUAAUAAUCCAUUUAUUAAAAUAAUCGUAGUAGGUGAAUAAAAUGUUGGAAAAACAUGUAUAUUAGCCCGUUAUUCACGCGGUUAGUUUGAUAAUUCCUGCCCUCCAACAUUAGGAAUGGAUUUCUCAUCAAAACUUUUAGAAUAUAAUGGAAAUACAAUUCGUUUACAAUUAUGGGAUAUUGCAGGUUAAGAACGCUAUACAUCAGUAUCUAAAUUAUAUGUAAGAGGUGCAUAUGGAGCAUUAGUAGUAGCAGAUAUAACAAACGAAAACUCUUUAUAUGAAACAUUAAAAUGGAAAAAAAUAAUAGAAGAAUCAUGUGAUUAUUUAAAUAAUAAACCAAUUCCUAUGUUUUUGGUAUAAAAUAAAUUAGAUGAAGUUAAAGGUUUAGGCAUUUUAUAAGAAUAUUAAAAAGAGUCUUUUCUUAAAACCUGGAGUAAAGAAAAUGGAUUUUCUGGGUGUUUAUAAGUUAGUGCUAAAGAUAAUACAAAUAUUCCUGAUAUUUUUCAAAUGUUGAUUGAAUUAAUUAUUAAAGAAGGUUAUUUAAAAAAAGAUGAAUAAAAUUAAGGAUUUAAAGCAUUAUACGGAGUUUGUGAAUUAAAAAAAUCUAAAUAUUUGAUUUUGGCGACAGAAUCAACUAUAUUAGGUUCUAUUUAUAAUAAAAACAUAUAAAAGAUUAGUAAGAUGGAAUUUUUUGGAAUAAAUCCUAGAAAAGAGUAAAUUCAUAAAGAAGAUUAAUAUUAUAUAUAAAUGAUGUAAUCGUUAUUUAAAACUAAAACGUUUUACUUUUCAGACGAAUAUGAUUUGACUCAAAGUUUUUAGAGAUUCGUUAAGAAUUAAAUAGAUAAAAAUAAAUAUAACCUAAAUUAUUGCUAUAAUGAAUGUUUUUUACAUGAUUUUAUUAAAAUAGGAGCUGAUGAAUGGAUAACACCAUUUAUUUCUGGUUAUUUAAAAAUAGAAUAUUGCUAAAUUAAUGAAUCAUAAAUUGAAUUUAUUUUAAUAAGUCGAAGAGAUAAAAGACGUGCUGGAAUGCGAUUUAUUUCAAGAGGUACUGAUUUGGAUGGAAAUCCUUCUAAUAUGGCUGAAACUGAAUAAAUAACUGUGAUUUCUUAAGGAGAUUAAUAUACUAUUUAUAGUUUUGUUUAAACUAGAGGUUCUAUGCCAUUUUACUGGAGUUAAAAGACCUAAUUAACUUACACACCUAAAUCAAAAAUAAUAGGAGAUGAAAACUCUAACAAAGAAUUUUGUAGAAAACAUUUUAAUGAUUAAUAAAAGUAUUAUAAUAAAUAAGUAUUAGUUAAUCUCAUUGAUAAAAAAGGAAAAGUUUAAUUACCUUUAGGCAUAUAUUUUUAAAAUUUAGUAAACAAAUUAAACGAUAAAAAUUUGAAGUACAUAUGGUUUGAUUUCCAUCAUAAAUGCAGAAAAAUGAAAUAUGAAAAUUUAAUAGAAUUAAUUAAUGAAAUUAAGCCAGAUCUCGAUGAAAUGGGAUAUUAUGAAUUUUAAUAUACAAAAGAUAAGAUAAAUAACCCUACUAUAAAGAAACUUUAAUCAGGGGUUGUUAGAACUAAUUGUAUGGAUUGCUUAGAUAGAACUAAUGUUGUACAAUCCGUUAUUGGAAGAACAAUUUUACAUUAAAUAUUAUAUAAUGCUUAAAUAAAUUAAAAAUAAUCUACUGCUGCUUUUGAAAAAUUCAGUGAAAAACUUGAAUAAAAAUUCAGAAAUACUUGGACUGAAAACGCUGAUAUAAUGAGUAUUUUAUACACAGGUACAGGUGCUUUGAAAACUGACUUUACAAGACUAGGAAAAAGAACUAUAAAUGGAGCUAUUUAAGAUGGUAAAAAUUCUAUUAUGAGAUAUAUUUAUGGAAAUUUCUUUGAUGGACAUAAAUAAGUAAAAUUUUUUUUAGAUUUAUUUAAUUUUAAUUUUUAUUUUAUUUUUUAGGAUUGCAUAGAUCUUUUAUUAGGAAAGCUUCAUCCUAAAGAAAAAAAUUUUGGUCCUAAAUUAAAUCCGUUAAUCUAUAUUAUUCUAAUUCUUAUUUUCGGACCUUUAAUUGUUAAACCUUAUGUGAAUAUGCUGUUUUUUAGAGAUAACUAAAGUUAGUUUAUAAAUUAUGCUACUUAUUUUUAUUUAGUAGCCGCAUUUUUAUGGUUGAUUAAAAAACUUCCUUAGAUUUUCGUAUAAUAAUCUAUUUUAGAUUAAUGAAAAAAUAGACUUUUAAAUAGAAAAAAUAGAUUAAUAUUUUUAUACUUAUUUAUUAUUGUUUUGUUUCUUUUU